AAUUUUUCCCUGUAGAUGAGGAAUCCCCCUUUUGUCCCUCAGAUGAAAUUUAAAUGGGGGCAUUAAGAACAGUCUCUAGAAGCAAGAGACUCAUGGCGCGUGGAUAUCCCAACCCGAUUUCCAUUACGGGACUAAUGCCCUUGCUGCAGGCUCCUGUAGUGGAAGACCCGCCGGAAGUAUUCUCCCGGGAGCCCCGAGAUCCUCCAAGUGCCAUUCCAAUGGGCGAAAGUGCCGGUGGCGGCGGGGCGAACAGCGGGAAGAGCGUCUUGGGGAUCGUCUUGGUGGGGGUGGGGGCGACCCUGGUCCUCAUCCUCAUCCUCGUCUGCCUCCAUCGACGCUGGUUCCGCAAGGACAAAAUCGGCGACGGGAAGUACGUGCCCAGGAUCGUCGUUCAGUCUCCCUCCGGCAGUUUCCUUCCUCCGUUCAACGCGUCCGCCUCCUUUCCGACGGCAAGUUUUCUCCUUUACUAUUCGCCAUCCUGUGAUUCUUCACGGACAUCUGAAAUCCAUCCAUAG